AUGCGGGCGCUGGCGUCCGACAACGCGACAGGCGGAUACUCUGCGACUCGGAAGCUCGGGAGCUCCGCGUCUUCCGAGACGCGCGGCCACGGCUCCGUGCGUGCCGGGGGGGCGCUCUCUGACAUACUCAAUUCCCCGAAAGGAACUGAGAAGAACAAGCUUUACCACUUCAAGUCGUGGAGAGCCUCGGCCAGCAACGCCGCGACCAAGGCGCUAGGCGAGCGUAGCUCGCGACAAGACACCACCGGCUCGUACGCCGCCUUGACUAGGGCCGCGAAGGGCGCCGCAAAAGGCCUCGCAGAGUCGCUGAAGGUCACCGCGAGUAGGGGCGCGGACAGGGCCGCCCGGCAGCCCACGCAGCCCUCCACCGACGCCCCGGCGGCGCGCGAGGCACCGCACGCGUCGCUCGCUGCGGGGCGCGCAGGCCGCGUGCGGACCGCGCAGCCGGCCUCGGCCCCGCACCACACCGCGAACGAGCCAAGCUACGCGGCCCGCGCGUUCGAGCACGCGUCCGUCCCCGCCGCGCUAGCAGACUCGGCCGAACGCCUGGGCUCGCUGGCGUCGCCAGGCACGCCGGCCUCGCCACAGACGCGCCGCGGCCUCUUCCACGCCUCGAGCGCGCGCCGGCUCGAAGACCAGCUCGCCGCCGCGGCGCGCCCGGCCGCCCCCGGCCCCGACGCCCUCGGCGCGUCCCCCGCCGCGUCGCCCACCGGCGGCACCUCCGCGGACAUGGAGCGCAUCUCCCUGCCGGGCGGCGGCGCCGCGCAGCCGCCGCAGGAGCCAGGCACGCCGACCGGGUCGUCCCCGACGCGCGCCCGCCGCGCCCUGCACGGCUACGCCGCGAGUCACCACCCAGGCGCGCGCCUCUCUCCCAAGGGCGCUGCCGCGCUGCCCGGGUCGCCGUCGCGGCGCGCGCCGCACGCGACGAGCCCCUCGCGGUCGGCGUCCCCGGCGUCGACGCACGCCGUCGACUCGGACCUCGAGACGGAGAUUGGGGGGUGUGUGGACGGGUCGCUGUUCGGGGGGGGGUGCUGGACGGCCGCGGAGGAGCUGUGCAAGGCGCUGGUGACCGCGGAGCACCUCCACCCGCCGCGGUCGCGCUCCGAGCAGCCCACGCGCGUGGUGUAUCUCUCCGGGCUGCCGUUCCUGGUCAAAGAGCGGUUCCUGCUUGGGCCGCCCGUGUCGCAAAUGGACAUGGGCGACAUCGCGAAGGAGAAGCACGCGCUCAAGCUGGAGCUCAAGGGCGUGGACAGGGAGUUCGCGGCGCGUGCGGGCCGCAAGGCGACGAAGGGAGAGAAGGAAUCGCUGCGCGCGUGGUACGUGCGCUACUGGCGGCUCAAGCACGCGCUGUCGCGGGGCUCGGCGGCCGGCGCCGACGGACCGGUGCCGGAGAAUGUAGAUAUAUGA